AGAAAUUGAUAGUUUAAAGUUUCGAACGUAUUGCGCUACACUCUGGGGUUGCUUAAUGGCGAAGGUUAACAUUUGUAAUGUUGAGGUUUUGGACAACCCUGCUUCAUUCUUUGAUCCAUUUAAGUUCCGUAUAACGUUUGAGUGUCAUGAACCUCUAGAUGAUGAUCUAGAAUGGAAGUUAGUGUAUGUUAGCAGUGCCUACAACCCAGCUUUAGACCAGACAUUGGAUUCCAUCUUAGUUGGUCCAAUUCCAGUUGGUCGUCAUCAAUUUUCUUUUGAGGCUAAUGCUCCUGAUCCAAAAAUAAUUCCUAAUGAAGACAUUGUUGGCGUAACAGUUGUGCUUAUACAAGCUUUGUACAGAGAUAAAGAAUUUAUACGUGUUGGUUAUUAUGUUAACAAUGAGUACAAAACAGAAGAAUUACGUCUUGAACCGCCAGCUGAACCUUUACUUAACGAACUGGAACGACAUAUAAUAGCUUCAGACCCUCGUGUUACUCGCUUUCCAAUUGACUGGGGUGAUGGUCUCUUGGAUGGGUGCCCAGAACCAGAACAGCCUACAGAAGAUAACGAAGAGUCUAAUUUACUGGGUAAUGAAGAACAAGUGGAAAAUAUUUCUCAACUGGAUCAGGAAAAUGAGGAUCAAAAUAAUAAAUUGGAGCCAUCUAGUUUUUGUGAAGGUCAGUCUGGUGUACAGUUUAUAGAAAAUACAUCGUGUAUGCCACUCCAUCCUGUCCAGUCAUCAAAUGUUCCUGUCGACACUUUCUGAACUCCUUGAUAAACAUUACUCUCGAGAUUGCAUUUUAUAAUAAACUUUUAUAUCAGAAUGUAUCACACGUCUAUGGUGAUGUUGCUGUUGAAUGUUCAACUUGCUAUACUAGGUAUCGCUCUUUUUUAUGCCUACAAGAUUUAUUACGCUUUAUAUUUUUCUAACUGUACAAUUGUUCGAUGUACCUAAUAACAUUCUAAUUUUAUUCCUUUGCUUUUCAACCGUAUUGUGAAUAGUGGUUUGUCUGCUACAUUGUUGAAAUAAUGGGAACAGUAGACAACUAUAUAUAAUGGAAUAGGAUGUAAACCUGUAGACUAUAAAUAGAAAGGAAUUCGAUAAUUUCAUUUAUCUUCGUAUUUAUGUCAAGGACAAAAAAUAAUGUUUAACUCCUGGUGAAGGCUGACCAGAUCAUAACACACUAUCAACCUAAGUCAUUGACUAGUGAUCUAAAUCAUUUAGGAAAUGAUAAGCUUCCUGACUGAAGCAGUUAAUUUAUCCUUAAUUUGAGGUUUGAGGUAUUUUGCCGUAAAACACAAAAUCGACUACAUUAGCGUACUUUCUACUAAGUAUAAAUCUCCUAUUACUGAGUACUUGUCAUCUGUGUUUACACUUUUCUUUAAUCGCUUGACUAUUGAAGGGCUCACUAUAUUCACUCUUGUCAUUUAAUUAAUGUUUUCGACCAUUAUGUUAAUGCAAAGUAUAUCAAGUUGACGCGGCCCGUACGCUUUACAUUUAUGUAUCUGCAUUUUAACCCUAUUCCCAUGGAUCAUAA